AUGACUGUUCAGUAUAACUUGGAUGUGUCAACUUCUCGACCUUGGACAUUAUUCAAACUUUUAUUCCGAUGGCGUGGGAGUAUAUGGAAAUCGAUAACUCUUGAAUUAUUUGUUUGGCUGGUAUUAUUUGCAGUAAUAUCAGUGAUAUAUCGUGUUGCUUUAACCAGUGAACAAGUUAGCACAUUCGAGCAGUUCGUAUAUUAUUGUGAUGAGAAAUUGGAUUACAUUCCGUUGAAUUUCAUGCUUGGCUUCUUUGUCACAUCCGUUCUGAAUCGAUGGAUCAAUUUUUUCGUAAAUAUUGGAUACAUUGAUAAUAUAGCUUUAUUGGUAGCAGCAUAUGUGAAGGGUUCAGAUGAACGAGCACGAAUGCUACGUCGAAAUAUCAUUCGGUAUUGCGUUCUAUCGCAAGCGCUUGUUUUUCGUGAUAUCAGUAUGCGAGUACGAAAACGGUUUCCAACGAUCGAAGCAUUGGUUGCUGCCGGUUUUAUGAUGAAACACGAAAAGGAAAAAUAUGAUGCAAUCCAAUAUCGUUAUGCCAAAUAUUGGAUGCCAUUCCAAUGGGCAUUAUCACUUUGUCAGGAAGCGCGAAAUCAGCAAAAAAUUUCCAGCGAUAUUUUACUUGAAAAAGUUGGUGAAGAAAUUAAAGUAUUUCGUACAAAUUUGGCAAUUUUAUGUAACUUUGAUUGGGUACCAUUGCCAAUUAUGUAUCCGCAAUUAAUCGUCUUAGCUGUUCAUACAUAUUUCCUCGUUGGUGCUAUUGCCAGACAAUAUGUUAUGAGUGAAAAAGCACGAAACAAAUCAACGUUGGAUAUCUACUUUCCGGUUAUGACCAUUAUUCAGUUUAUUUUCUAUAUGGGAUGGUUGAAAGUAGCAGAAGCAAUGUUGAAUCCGUUCGGUGAAGAUGAUGACGAUUUUGAAUGCAAUUUUCUUCUCGACAAAAAUCUUAGCGUAGGCCUGACAAUCGUCGAUGAUGGAUGCAACAAGACACCGGCAUUACUCAAGGAUGUUUUUUGGAGCGAAACCGAAAUUGAACCAUUAUAUUCAGCAGAAUCAGCUCGUGGAGAAUAUCGACUUUCCGGUUUGACAGGUUCAACCGCAAACAUUCGAUUAGAUGAUCAAAACAAAAAAAUUAAAAUGUUGCCUUUAUCACGAGAAGUCGAUAAUCAUCAUUCAAUUUCGGGAUUCUUACGAAAUUCGAUGCGACAUAGUCUACGUGGAGGGAAAACUGAUCAUCAUGGUGGUAUUAUGAAUAUUGUUCGUCAAAAAUUUGGUAGGUCAUUAAGCCAUACUCAUUUCAAUAUGGAUCAAAAUGCUGAUGAUUUCGGUUGUAAGGCAAAUCAAAGUGUGAACGAAUUAUCAGGUUUGGAAAAAGGUUAUUCAAAAUGGAUGGGUAACAGUGAAAGCCGCCGAAGUAGCUUAAACCGUGUGUUGGAAACUAUUAUCAAUGAAUCUUAUGAUAAUCCAAAUGUUAACUUGUCAGACGAGGACUUACCGCUAACGUUGAAACAUUUAUCAAUUAGCACAACUGGUGAUGGUCGACAUUCGGGCCAUCCUACAUUGUCACAAACGUCAGUGUUACAUAAACUGGAAGAUUUGGAAGAGGAAACAGAAGAAGCUAUGGGUAGAAAAAAUACCAUCGUAGAAAAUACUUCAACUGUUGCUAAGAAUGAUUCGAUGGAUAACGCAAAAUUACGAAAUGAAGACGUACAAAUUGGAGGUUUCGAUACUUCAUUGCAAACAAUAACUCGACGACGAAGUGUUCCAUCAAAUGAUGUAAAUUCUGGUAGCAUUCUGAUGGCUCUCUAUAGGCAGAAAUCAUAUCCUGAAAUUAAAUUAGGAAAUAAAUCAUCAUUUACGUAA